AUGCUUAAAAAAAAAGGAUUUUCAACUUCUUUUCCAAAUGAAGAUUUUAUUGAUAAUCAAGAUACAAUUUCAAAUUUCAAAAUAAAAAAAGAGGAUUUUUUAUUAGAUUUCGAUGAUACAUAUGAACAACUAAAUAUGACAACACCAAAAGGAAAAAUAAUAAUCCAAGGACAAGAAAAUCAUUCACCAUUUUCAUUAAAAUCAUUUUCAAAUUUAUCAUUUGACUAUAAUAGACCACUUUCACCAAAAACUCAUAUUUUAAAUAUUCAAGACAAUAAUAAUAAUAAUUAUAGUCCAAUUUUAAAAAGAGUUAAUAAAACAAUAUCACCGAGUUUAGUUUCAUCAACAAAUAGAUUUAAAAAUUCAUUAUCUUGUUCAUCUUCAUCACCUUCUUCUUCUUCUUCAUCUUCGUCUUCAUCGCCAAGAUUAAUUUCAACACCACCAAUAAUUUCGACACCAUCUUCACCAAUGAUACUAACCUCAUCAUUGGAUAAAUUUGACGAAAUACUAUCAGAAAAUGAAUUUAUGUCAUUAGAUAAUUCAGUAACAUCAUCAUCGUCAUCACCAUCUUCAUCUUCAUGUUCUUCACCAAUAGUAAUAAAAACCAACGCCACAACCUCAACAAAAAUUGUAACUCCCUCAUCAUCUCCUUCAUCGUCUUAUAUUGAAGAUGCACCAUCAACACCAUCACCAUCUAAAUUAUUUCAAAGUUUAUCAUUUAAAUCACCUUGUUCUUCUCCAUCUUCAUCAUCAUCAUCUACAACAACUCCUAAAUCAUCAAUAAAUGGUGGUAACAUAAUUAAAAAACAAUUAUUUUCAAAUAAAAGGAUUCAAGAUAUUAAAAUUGAAAAACCAUCAACUAAAAUUGAUUUGCACCCAUCUAAAUUACAAAUAAAAUCAAAUUUAAAAAUAAAACCAUCUUUACCAUAUAACUCAACAGAAGUAACAGCAAAUACAAAAACAACAACAUCAACUACUACUACUACCAAUACAACUAUUCCUACUUUAUCAAAGAAUAUAAUUAAAAGAACAUCAUCAGUUGGAUUAUCACCUACAUUAUCAUCAACUCAACUUGUAAAUAAAUCAUCAAGGAAAUCAAUUUCAGCAGCAACAACAACAACAAUUACUCCUCAUAAUAAUAAUAGUACUAUGACCACAAAAACACCAUCAAAAAGAAGUUUAGAUACUUCAAAUUUAAGUACACCUAAAUCAACAUCUUCAACCAUUAAUAAAGCAUUUACAACAUCAACCACACCCUUAAAGAAACCAAGAAUGUCAAUGACACCCCUAUCAUCAUCAUCAUCAUCAUCUACAACGCCAAGUAAAUUUAUAAAUCCAUUACCAUCAUCAUCAUCAAAAACUACAACAACUAUUACAAAUUCAAAAAGAUUAUCAACAUUAUCAAAACCAUCGCCAAUAACACCAAUCACUCCAACUAUAACAAAAACAACAGCAACCACAACUACCACAACUACAACAACACCAAACAAACCAACUAAUAAAAGAUUAUCAACAUUAGUAAAUACAGCACAAAAACCAAGAAAAUCAUAUGCGCCACCACCAUCAUCUCAUAUAUCUGAUGAAUUGGAACAAAGAAUUCAAGAAGCACUCUUGGCUGAAGCAAAUGGAAAUUAUACUGGUGGAAGUGUUUUAACCCAUUCUUCACCUCAAAAAGUUGAACAGAGUGAGUGGUCUCCAAUUAGAAAAAAGUCAACUUUACACGAUGUACAUGCUUGUACUAAAAAGAAUUAUUAA